AUGGGAAACGAUCACCGUCUUCAUCCCUCUGAAAACCCCUUUUCAUUACUCCAAGCAAAUGAAUUAUUCGUCCACAAAAUCCUCUCUAGAAACUCCUCAGUCGGCCGCUCUGCCCGUCUCCCUGCCUGUCGCCUGCCCGGUCAAAUCCCCUUCAUUUGGGAAGCACAGCCCGGCCUGCCCAAGGACAAACCCUCCGAAAAUCUCCACCCGCCGCCGCCGCCAAACUACGUCGAUGGCACCUCGAAAACUCCUCACCAAGUCCCCAAGCAGCAGGAGGCAGCUAAGAUUUGGUCUUGGAUGAAGCCGAGGAAGAAACUGAGGAAUGUGGUUAAGAAAAACGGUGCGUUUGGAUCCUCCUCCUCAUCGAGACCGCAUGUCAAUCAAGAGAGUGAGUUUUGUAGAAAAUCAAACGACGAGUCGUCGUCGUCGACGACGCCAUCGUCUUUGAGUUGUAUUUCUCAUUCUCUGUCUUCCAGUUCUUCGUCGUCCAAUGGCUAUGCCCGACGUCGGUCUAAACUCAGUAGCCUGGCCAAAGGGUUCUUACGGUGGGCCUUCUGA